CCCGCACCCCAGCCGCCAGCCAGCCCCGCGGCCCCGGCCGGAGGAGACAGAUCCUCUAGCCGCUCGAUGGGGAGUCACAGAAGACCGCUUGUGUGUGUCAGAUCCCUGCCUCUCCGUAGCAAGAGAAGUGACUACAGCGCCUCCACAGUCAUGAUGAUGAAACUGGUAUUAACUGAGUGGCCCUUAUGGAUUUUUAACUCUAACUCACAGUGAGCCAGCAAGCCAUAUGUUUACAGUCCAACCAAAAACCCUUCUUCAUUGCUGCACGUCUCAUGUGAGGAGUUGAGACGCCUGGCGGUACAGAGUGGAACACAAGAGUUACUUGCCAAGGAAUGCGCCUGCAGCAGAACGAGAAGACGUCUUAAUUUAUCAUUGGAGAGAGAUGAUAGUAUUAUUUAUAUAGGUAGAAUAAAUAUAUAUAUCCAUAUAUAUUUUUUGGUGGUAAUGAAAAUGGCUCCGCAGAAUGCCGACUCAGAAUCUAUGCAAGUACAAGAGCUGCCCGUGCCCCUGCCGGACCCUCAGAAACCCAGAGACCCAGAGGCUGAGACCCAAGAGGAGACCACAAGUGAGGGGUCCAUAGACAGAAUCCCCACACGCCUAUGGGUCAUGCACGGGGCAGUUAUGUUUGGCAGGGAAUUCUGUUACGCCAUGGAGACAGCACUGGUCACGCCUAUACUGUUACAGAUAGGCCUCCCUGAUAAGUACUACAGCCUCACCUGGUUCCUGAGCCCAGUCCUCGGUCUCAUCUUCACACCACUUAUUGGCUCUGCAAGUGACCGCUGUACCCUGAGCUGGGGCCGCCGGCGGCCCUUCAUCCUUGUGCUGUGUGUGGGGGUCCUCAUUGGUGUUGCACUUUUCCUCAACGGCUCUGCUAUAGGUCUGGCGCUCGGCGAUGUUCCCAACCGACAGCCCAUUGGCAUUGUCCUCACGGUGCUGGGAGUGGUGGUCCUGGAUUUCAGUGCCGAUGCAACUGAGGGGCCCAUCCGUGCCUACCUGCUGGAUGUGGUAGACAGUGAGGAGCAAGACAUGGCCCUCAACAUACAUGCCUUCUCUGCUGGCCUCGGUGGGGCCAUUGGCUAUGUACUGGGUGGGCUGGACUGGACACAGACCUUCCUAGGUGACUGGUUCCGGACACAGAACCAGGUGCUGUUCUUCUUCGCUGCCAUCAUCUUCUCAGUGUCAGUGGCUCUGCAUCUCUUCAGCAUUGAGGAGGAGCAGUACUGCCCACAGCAGGACCGCAGUCCUGAGGAUGCCACCCUGCCCAGCACCAGCGCCCCAGCCCCUGCCACCCGCCUCAGCUCCCUUGGUGGAGGCAUACAGGAUGGGAGCCCCCCAUUCCCAGAUGAGGUGCAGUCGGAGCACGAGCUGUCCUUGGACUACCUCGACGUGGACAUCGUGCGCAGCAAGAGUGACUCGGUGCUGCACAUGCCUGAUGCCACACUGGACAUGGAGCCUCAGCUGCUCUUCCUGCAUGACAUAGAGCCCUCCAUCUUCCAUGAUGCUUCCUACCCCAGCACCCCCCAGAGCACCAGCCAGGAGCUCCUGAGGGUCAAGUUGCCCCGCCUGUCCACGUUCCUCAGGGAGUCCACCAAGGAGGACGACACCUUGCUUGAUAAUCACUUGAAUGAAGCUAAAGUCCCAAAUGGGAGAGGCUCCCCACCAAUGGACUCAUUCGGCCGCUCUAAGGCAGACUUGAAGUCCUCGGUCACAUCCAGUUCCAUGAGGCGGCGCAGGCACAUGUUCCACAGGCAGGCUUCUAGCACCUUCUCCUACUACGGCAAGAUUGGGUCCCACUGCUAUCGCUACCGCCGGGCCAAUGCAGUGGUCUUGAUCAAGCCAUCCCGAAGCAUGAGCGACCUGUAUGACCUGCAGCAGCGGCAACGCUCCCGACACCGCAACCAGAGUGGGGCCACUGCCUCCAGCGGGGACACGGAGAGUGAGGAGGGUGAGACAGAGACCACCGUGCGCCUGCUGUGGCUGUCCAUGCUGAAGAUGCCCAAGGAACUGAUGCGACUUUGCCUCUGCCACCUACUCACUUGGUUCUCUGUCAUCGCAGAGGCUGUCUUCUAUACGGACUUCAUGGGCCAGGUUAUCUUCAAAGGGAACCCCCAGGCCCCCUUCAACUCCACCGCCUGGCAUGCCUACAACGCUGGUGUGAAGAUGGGCUGCUGGGGCCUGGUCAUCUACGCUGCUACUGGUGCUAUCUGCUCAGCCCUGCUACAGAAGUACCUGGACAACUACGACCUGAGCAUCAGGAUCAUCUACAUGUUGGGGACACUGGGCUUCUCUGUGGGCACCGCUGUGAUGGCCAUGUUUCCCAACGUCUAUGUGGCCAUGGUCACCAUCAGCACCAUGGGUGUCGUCUCCAUGAGCAUCUCCUACUGCCCCUACGCCCUCCUAGGGCACUACCACGAGAUUAAAGAGUAUGUCCACCACAGUCCGGGGAACUCCAAGCGUGGAUUUGGCAUUGACUGCGCCAUCCUCUCCUGCCAGGUCUACAUCUCCCAGAUCCUCGUUGCAUCUGCCCUUGGAGGCAUGGUCGAUGCUGUGACUGUCCUUGUCAUCCCCAUAGUGGCCUCCGUGGGCUCUUUCCUAGGCUUCCUGACAGCCACAUUCCUGGUUAUCUACCCCGAGGUAUCAGAGGAAGCCAAGGAGGAACAGAAAGGCCUGUCCACAGGGCCUGCUGUCGAAGGCGAGGGUGGAGCAGACAGUGAAAAGCCCACUGUGCUGAAGCUGUCUCGGAAGGGGGGCCGUCGGGAGUCGGUGGAGACAGAGUCUAUGGUGUGAGCCCCAGCUGGCACAUUCCACACUGGAGGGCAGGGUGGAUUAGGGGUUAUGCUUGCCGACACCAUGUGAGCUGGAGUUCCUUCCCAGAUUGCAGUCCCAAGUUCAGUAGGUGUUAGUUAUAGGGUAGGUUUGAGCUAUUAGACAAAAAUAUCACACUAAUUACCUUUCCCACAAUUAAAAAAAUCAUUUGAAAUCUUUUUUUAUUGAAAAAACUUAAUUUUCAGCUGUCUCUUAUUCUGCAGGUGUAUCAUUCUGCAUGUUUUAAAUUGUGAAACACUCACAGCAUAGUCAGUAAGCAACUUAGAAAGUGUAAGGGUCUGCAUUCCUUAAACAGUUAACUCGAAGUGCAGAAACCGACUCCCUCGGCAGGUGUCAUCCGAAGGCAGCAGACAGCAGCGCAGUACCCAAAUUGUCCAGCAGGUGUCUGAGGAGGCUUCUCAGCAUCGUUCAGGUACUGCAGCACCUCAGAGCAGUUUUCUCUGUUUAUUUUAGAAACAGUAUUUUCUCUUUCACAACUGUGGUUUUCUUAGAAGAACGGCAUCUCUGGUGAGUUAGGCCCACAGUCCUGUGCACAUCUGCCAGUGCCUGAGACCACACACCAAAGCUGGGAAAGGGUCCUGGAGGCAUUUGAGCAGAAGGCAGCCAUUCCCCAGGGUACCCUCCAGACAUCCCACCUAGGGAUAGCACCAGUCAGGAGUGAUGAAUGUGAACUCUCAGUGUGCCUCCUGUGUGCUUAUGUGUGCAUUUGUCUGUGUCUAGUCCCUACCCAAAUGGUCCUCCCCAGAAGUGACCACGGGGCAGCUCUUGGCUCUGCGUGACAUUUCAGUUUGUUUCUACACCUUUGGCUGCGAAUUCAGGCACAAGAGUCCCAGGUGAGCAUUGGCUCCCGAGUCCUGCUGCAAGGCUACCUCGAGUGUGUGGGGAACAGUGGCAUCAGAGCAGGGCACGUGAAGGUGCCGAGGCCUACCUCCCUGCCACAUUGGUGGCAUUGGUCCUCGCUGGAACCUAACUGAAAUCUUGUGACCUCAUCACCUGCUCCUGCUGAUGGUCACUGGAAUGGGAAUGAAGGCAAAGAGAAGCAAGCAUGAGCAAACCUCGGGCUUCAGGAAAGCAGGCUCAUCAAAUGCUGCAGCUGUGGGGAAAUGCUUUUCAAACCACAAUCUCUGUUUUAAAACUCCACAGUUUCGUCUCUUCAUAUGUGAAACGGUCAAUCUGCACUCAGGAGAGGGGAGGUCCUCCCUGGGUGGUACCGAGAUGAAGUCAAAGCCGCGCUCUUGCUGCCUCUGUUGGUGUUUUUACAUAAAGUACUUUAAAGUGCAUGAGAAUCAUGCUGCAAUAUGAGCAUUCUAAAGCAAAUAUAUAUAUAUAUAUACACACACAUAUAUAUUUCAAGAUGAAAGUAAGCAGUUUUUAAAUAAAUUACUUGAAUUUUCUGCAUAUUCAAAGGAAUGCUGUGUUUAACGUCCUUGGCAGGCCUCUGUCUUGCCACGUUCUGCACACUGGUGGCGCUUUGUAGUUUUUAGUGUGCCGAGGGUACUCUCCACCUGCCUGAGUCUUCCUUCAAGCCUAGGCCUGCACAGGACUGGCUCCACCUUCCAGUGCUUUCUGUGUUGCUAGUUGAGAAUAGAAUUGCAAGUCUCCUACUUAGGUAUGGGAAGUUGGACCACCAAACACAGUCCCCAUGCUGAGGCCCCCAAGCCAGCCAAGCCUUAUCAGCUGCAUGCUCUGUCUCUUUGGGGGAGCAGGCACUUCUGGGCUCCUGGCUUCAACCAGCAUCCUUGGCAAGUCACUCCUGUGCAACUUGGUUUCCUUUGGUGGUUUUAAGAUGGUACCUCCUCCUUCCUGAGACGAAGGGCCACAGCUUCUGUUUUCACACACCCUGCUUUCCCACCUUCCCAUGGAGGACAGGAGGAGGCGGGGUGCAGAGAACACUUACGAGAGCAAAACCUGGAGCUGUCAUACUGAGUGUGGAUUCCUAGGAGGCCACACACUGUUCAGAGCACCCCACCCAGAAGCUAAUGCAGACCGAGCUCACCGAAACUGGAUGUCUAGAGGUUCGGGGUGUAGCAGAGACCAGACCCACAGGAGGAAGAGAUAUGGGAUUACCAUGUACAGUCUGCCAGCUCUUGAGAUACUAGCCUCCACUCACCAUAAUCUGAAGUAACAGAGGGACACUUUGUGUUCAUGGCACAGGCCUUGGUAAAGCCACUGGUAAAAUACUGACAUCUGGUAACAACAGUGAGCCAGAGGCAUGCCUGUUUGUUGCUGUUAGGUGAGGCUGCACAUCUGCGGGUUUUUAAGACCUGUGCCUGUUAGACGUCUUUGCACCCAAAGGCUGCUGUCUUUGGGUCUGGUCAGUGUGAGGGCCCUUGACUUGAGACUCAAGGGUGGUAAUAGAGUUUAUUUUCGGGCUUCCUUGCAGAUAAAUAUAGUGAGCCAUGGGCCUCAAAUUGCAUGGCGUCUCAUCUGGGGUAGACCGGUGGUCAGACCCUUUUAGCCUAGCCCUUCCCUCUGAGAUGGCACCAAUGGGCAACUCAGGGCCACUGCCUAUGCAUUAAAGAAGCCAAGGGAGGAGGACUGGCUUUGUAGCAUGUGACCCCGAAGCUUUUAUUGCUCAGACCAGCCCAGGCAUUUUUGUUUUCUGACCUGGCCCUGCAGACCCAGUACCCAUGGGUGGUGGGAUUCCAGAGAGUACACCUGAGUAGCUCUUCCAUGGCCUAUGAUCUUGAUAGGAAAGGUGCUUUCAUUACCUAGAUUCAGGGGACUGGCUGGGUCAAGCAGAUGCCCACUUGUGACCAAUGCCGAGGAUGCAAAUGGAGUUAGCUUUGUAGCACCCUGGGAUUUGUACUAUGUGCAAGCACCAUGUAGUAGGAUAUUAGCAAGAAUUCCACUGGUCCAAGGCCAUAGAAUGCAUGCAGGUCACUAACAGGAGGGAGUGAUGAUGGUCUGAACCCUGCCUCUGUUGCCUGUGAAAGUAAACUACAGCUGAGUUUUUUUAAAGAGAAGCUUCUUAAGACGUGUGGCCAAGUUUGCCUGCACAAGAGUACAAGCCGUUAGGAAGAAGUCCACAGCCUGCUUCUGGCUAGGGGCUGAAUGGCAUGGUGACACUCCCUGGUAUCUGGAAAGCUGGCUAUGCAUUGUCUGUUCUUAGCCUAAGGUCUUGGCUGGAACAUUCAGUCCCGCUGACAGGUUCACCGCCCUCAGGCUCCCACCCUUGAGAUCCUCGGGGCCCUGUGAGGGCUGGUUUGGGAAAAGUUGGGAGGGACAGGGCAGGACCUGGUUGGGAGCCUCCUGGAGUGGUCAAGAUGUCACAGAAGGUGCUGCAACCCCUCCAUCAGCAGCAGCCAAGGUACCCACUGUCUGAUCUCCCUGGUGCCGCUUGGUUCUGUAACCCAUGGAGUUGAUGGCUCCAUCUGUCUGUAGCCAGUGGUCAGUGCAUAACCUCAGCAGCCAUGGCCACAUGAGCCACAGGUCAGUGCUGUAAAACAUCUACUGAGACUGGACACUCGUCAACCUCACUCGCACCAAAUGCCGAGAGCCCCCACCUGAGCCUCUGUCUUCGGCCACCAACCAACACCUGAACUGUGCAAGCAGUGAGUCCUCCUCCAACGGCCAUCACCAGAAGGGGGCUUACCCCUCUGCAUGUGAGCUAGAAAGCAGUGCUUUCGAGAGUGCCCGGGGACGGCAACCCUUGGGCCUCCAGGCGAGCCGAGCAACCUCUGGGAGCCCCAGCUGCCUUCCCUGGGACCUGCUGAAGGUCCUGUGCCGGGAUGUGUAGCAGGAAGACAAUUGUUCGCUAGGCCUCGGCACAGUGGCACUCCCCAGGCACCUCGGAACAAGACUAUUUAGUUCCUUUGUGAACUGGAAACAGGACAACUGUUAUCAACUUAUUAAGUUGGAGCACUGUAAAAGCUCUUGCUGAUUUUAGCAAUGGUUAAGUGUGUGUUAAACACAUGUUACAUUUUAUGAGGAAACAGAUUAUAAAAAGAGUACUAUCAACACAUGGCUUUGUUUUCUGUUUUGUUUUGUUUUUUAAUUAGGUGGAUGUUCAUGUCUGCUUCUGUCCAGAGCCCUUGGGCUUUGUCCUUUGUCACAUGCUGGGCCGCUGGUCCCUGUGCAUAGUUUGGUGUGUAUGGCCUGACUUCUCCCUGCCAGGCUAGUGCCUCCCCUGCCUCUAUUGCUCUGUUACGCUGUGGUUGACUCAAUAAACGUUAGCAUUGCAGGUGA